AUGUCACAUGACCAACGUGCGUGUUUAUACCAUAACCUUAAAAGUAAACUUAAUCCUUCUACACCAACUCGACCUAACAACAAAGUUCGGCACGCCUAUAAAAAAUGGCAGUUCAAAUGGAAAAAUAAUGUUUACUCAAACAGACUCAACAUUAGUUAUACUGUCUCCUACCGAGCUAUGGAUAUACCGAAGUUGUUGAGGCGUUUAUCACAUCCGUGUACUAAAAAAUGUCAAGACGAGCACUUUGAGCGCCAUUGUAGACGAAUUUUCAAUCCUGUCAAGGAUCAGACAAGCACGCCCUUGGUUGAUAGAAUUUUUCAAGCUUCUACGUAUAAAGAAGUUACAUUACAGGACCAUACUAGUAUUUUAAAGACUACCAACCCCAAUACUACUAGUACGACCGGUAACACCCUUUCUUUUUCACAGCCAAUUUACCCUAUUUCAGAGAUUGUUCCUGAUAUCCCGCCGGAAGAACUUAGAAUGGCUAGGGAGCUUCUUACUCAAAAUAUGUCAGAUAAGAAUGAAAAGCUCAAAGCUCAACGCUAA